AUGUCUACUCCACAAGGCAAUGAAACCUCCGUUCGAAUAACAGAUAAUGCUAAUUCGAGCAUAAUAGACGAUAAUUCGAGCAUAACGUACAUUAAAUUCGACCGUGGCAUAAGAAAAAAGGUCCUAUUUUGGUGCAACUUGGUUGUUUUCUUGGUGGCGGCAGCUAUAUGCGUGGCAAGUUUUACAGUUCCGUCACUACGAAAGGCCCCACCGAGUGGUAUAGCAAUGUGGCAAUGGAGCUUGCUCGUAACGGUCCUCUUAUGUGGCCCUCUCUUAAGCAAAUUACUUCAUUACAUGGUUAUUUUCAUAGACACGAAGUUUGAACUAUUUGGGGUGGCUGCCGCGGCUAGGGAAAAUGUGGUCUACUACACUGUCGAGUUAAUCGAGAGUGCUUGGGUUGUAUUGUGGUUUAGUAUUAUACUUGUUGCUUGGCUUUGGGUGGUAGAAGACCCAAGUUACUUAGGUAUGAAGGAAGAUCAAAAUGAAAAACUUAAGAAAAAAUUUGCUAAGACAUUUCCUAUAAUAACCGUUACCCUAAUUACCAUAAUAAUUGGUUCUGUUUUUUGGUUACUAAAAGAUGUAGUAUUACUAAUGGCAAAGUCUUCCUUUCACAUUAGCAAGUUCUUUGAAAGAGUUAAUGAUGCAUUGAUGCAUCAACAUGUGAUUAAUAGGCUCACUCCUCGUGCUGAUACGUACGAUAUUGGUGAGCCGAAUUUGUGUCAACGUAUGUGUGAUUGGAAGGAGAAGAUGCCUAGUCUUAGUGAUCAAGUGAAUCAGAAGAAUGUUUCAUGUUGGGGGAUGCAGAAGGUCAUCAACUGGUUUUUUGAUAACGAAAAUUUGACCUAUAAGCUUGUUGAUGGAGAAGACAAGAAGAUUGAAUCUGAAGAUGGUGCAAUUGAAGCUGCCAAGUACAUCUAUUCCUUGUUGGCUCAAAGUGAAGAUUCAAUGUAA